UAACAUUAUUUCAGGAGGAACGAGAAUCGGUCACACUUAUGCAGCAACAAUUUUUUUGUUUCGCAUUUUGUUUGUGAAAAUUUAAAACACGACGACGACGGUGGCAGCACGAUUUGCCCCGGUGCUGACGAGAUCGAGCCAGUCCCAACAUGUCGCAACAACGCGCCUCGGAGCAGGGUGCAGCCAGCAGUAACAACAACGGCGAUGUGAUUACGCUGGACGACGACGACGAGGAUGAGGAUGUGCAGUUUGUGGGCAUUGUGCGUCCCAGCACCACCAUCAUCGAUCUCUGCCUGUCGCCCUCCACUUCCGCGGCGGCGGCUGCUGCCCGUUCUGGAAACGGAAGUGCAGAUGAUCCGGCAACAGGAUCCGGAUCAGUAGCUGCUGCGGCGACUUCCGCUCCCAACUCCCCUGGUUCAUUAGCCGGAGAAGCGGCAAAAGCUACCGAUGAAGAUGCGGCUACAUCAACAAGUAGCGGGGACUCCCCUGCUACAUCGGCUGCUGCCUUGGAGUGCCCGAUCUGCCUGCAAACCUGCAUCCAUCCAGCUCGUCUCCCCUGCGGCCACAUCUUUUGUUUCUUGUGCGUUAAGGGCGUUGCCUACAAGAACCGACGAUGUGCUAUGUGCCGCCGCGAAAUUCCCGCCGAGUUCCUGGACCAUCCACAGCUUGUGAAUGGCAUUGAGGACAUCUGCACUACUCGUGCGACCGAAGAUGGCUACCAGUGGUAUUACGAAGGCAGAAAUGGUUGGUGGCAAUACGAUGACCGCACAAGUCAGGAUAUCGAAGAUGCCUUCAAGAAGGGCGACAAGUCCUGCACUAUUCUGGUAGCGGGAUACGUCUACAUUGUGGACUUGGAGCAGCUGGUCCAACAGCGCCAGAAUGAACCCACUCGCUGCCGGCGGGUUAAAAGAGACCUGGCCACCAUACCCAAAAAAGGCGUGGCUGGUCUUCGAAUCGAAGGCAACCAGGUGACCAGUGACACAAUCUUUAGCAGACCAGCCGCCACAGCCAGCUCAGCAACCGUGGCGGCAGCUGCCUCCAGUUUUAUAUCCACCAUUGCGGCGACGGAUGCUGCAAUCAGGAUUGCUAGCGACAUAAUUGGCUCCACGCUGGCCCAUGCGGACGAGCUCACACGUGGAUUUGCAGCUAGUAACAUCAGCGACGAUCCGAGCAGCAGCAGCAGCGGUGAGCAAACCAACUCCACAAACCCACAGGAUACAGGGCGCUCGCCUGCCUCCUCACCUGCCUCGAGUUCCAUGCAAGACCUGAUCUCGCGGGACCUGAGAAACACCCAACAGGUGAUCGCCCACAAUCAACACACCAUUGAUCUCUUCGAGCAGGCCUUGAACGACUUCCAGGCGCUAGCUAUGCGCAACUAUGUGGACUCCAGCGAUGAGGAGGACAACGACCAGGAUCAGGAGCAGGACAUGCGAGAACGAGAGCAUUUGGGGGCGGGCGAGCAGCCACAAUCCGGCGAUAGUCCCCAGGGAUUCUAGAAGUUAUCCGUUUGACAGAAAGCUUACACUAUUGCUAGCUCAGCCCAAAAACUUAAAAACAGAUCAAUGUUCCUUCUAGCAGAUUUCACUAAACAGAAAGGGGGAUGUUAACUAGAGAAAUGCAGCGCGUACCUGAGAAUAUAUCAACUUAUAUAUAUAUCUAGAGGCUCCGAGCGUUGGACGUUAAACAGAAAAAGGAAGAAAAAGAACAGAAUGUCUACAGGGUAAACCAACACAUAUUCCUUAAAACUUUAAAUCAGAUAUUGGACCAUAGCGGUUACAACAUACAUAGACAGAACUAAUCUGUGUUACACGAUAUUCAACUAUCCUCAACAAAAUUAACCAAAUUAAAGCAAGAUAAGUGUGUUCUUAACUUUUGUUUUCAAAGGCAACAUUUAAGAUAAAAGCUCUACAUUGUUGCCUUUCUUACAGUCUGCCAAACUUCACAGUUCUCCUCCGAGUAUAAACUUGCAGUAUCCCACUGUACGUGAAGUCUAAACCAUUAAUAAAUAUUUUAAUGACCAAGAGCUCCAUACGUUCUGGAGAUCUUUGCUCUAAAUAAUCUAACUUCUUGCAGGCUAGUAAGGGCAAACGUAAAUUUAAUCACCAAGCAAAAAAGAGUAGUGUGAAAACGACAAUAUUUGUGAAUUGGGAAUAACUUGGCAUUAGUGCGAUUCGUGGGAGGUCAAUUAGCAGGAAAUUCCGAUUAACAUAAUUAAUAUUCAGUGCGUUUCUUAAAUUGGAAUGCCAUACAUUUGUAGAAAUCUUAGUUCGGAUUGUCAACUCAAAAUUCCACAUCACACAGAUUGUUUAUAAAGCGUUUCAAAAUGUAUAAGUAACAUUUCCGUGCUUUCGAAACGCACUGUGGUCAGGGGAAUCAGAUCCAGUAUUAAUUAUUAAGUCGCCCUUAAGUGCGUUAAGCAAAAACAGUUCUGUGACAGCUAAAUAUACUGAUUAUUUUAUUCUAUAAGUUACUAUAAUAAAUAUAAUUAGAAGAAAAUUGUUAGUCAGAUUACAAAUGACUUCUUGAAGACCUAAUGAUAUUUGUGCGCCUGAUUUAAUAAUCUCAAUUUUGUGACUACUAUUUAUAGAUUCGUUUUCGA